GACAAUUUAAACAACAAAAAAUGCCGCAAAUUAACCGAAAAUCUCUUUUAAUAACUGGAGCCCUCCUGAUCAUUCCAAUCUAUCUAUUCAAAUAUUACAGACAAUUGAAACGGGACUAUGAAGAAAAGCUGCUGUUCAGCAAAAGACACAACUGUGUAGUUACGUACCGACCAAGGAAGGGCUUUUUUGGAUGGCCCCUGGAUUGUGACAGCAAAAAGUGCAGCCCUAAUAAUGUAGAGGAACUGUAUCAACCUCUAUUGUACUUUAUAAGGACGGCGCAACACUCGCUGGACGUCUGUGUAAUGCAUAUUACCGUUAACUGUCUGGUUUCCGAGCUUGUUAAGGCCAAACGACGAGGAGUUCAGAUACGGGCUUUACUGAAUUUGCCGACCAAUAAAGGUUGCAUUCAACAACAAGUCAAAGUUCUAAAUGAUGAAGGUAUAGAAUGCCAAUUUUUCGUAUCGGCUUCUGCCGAGUUAGAGGCGAUUAUGCAUCAUAAAUUUAUGGUGAAAGAUUACUGCGAUGAAGGUGGCUAUGUUUGUACUGGGUCGAUGAAUUUCUCCGUUUCAUCCGUAUUACACAACUAUGAGUUUUUCGUAUUCAUGUCAACGCCUCAGGUGGUUGAAGCCUUUAAAAAGAACUUUGAAGAAUGCUGGAAGAAUGUGCGCAUUGACAAUGAGGGGCUGAUAAAUCGAACAAUUCUAGACCAAGCUCAACUAGCCACUUAGGCGACAAAGUGUGUGUUCGUUCAGUUCAGGUAUAAUAAAUCAUCCAAGUUCCUAUUUA